UUUAAUUGUUCAAAAUGGCGGCUAGGGCAAAUGCUGAUAUUUCUGAAAUCCUGACGUGCUCUGUCUGUUUUGAUGAUUAUAAAGAUCCAAGGACUAUAUCUUGUGGUCACUCCUUUUGUUUACGUUGCCUAGAGUCUAUAUCUGAUGGAAAGAUGGUCUUUGAAUGUCCUGUCUGCAGGACAGAGACUGCUGUUCCUGAAGGCGGAGUGUCUCAAUAUAUCAUUACCUUUGCCUUGAAGUCACUAAAAGAUGCUGUAGAGAGGACAGAAGGGGAGGAAGAGUAUCAUUUCUACUGUGAGAAGUGCCGCGAGCUUCUCACAUAUCAAACGGCUGCUACAACUCAUCAAGGUCACAAAUAUCACAAUAUUCAAGUCUCGUACGCUAAUCAUUUAGAAGCACUCAAAAAAUCUCUCAUUUGUCUAAGGGCGAGAACAGAAGACGUGGCGGCUGAUAGGGAAGUCUUGCUUCAAGUGGAGAGUGACAUUCUCAAGCAGAAAGAACAAAUAAGAGAAGAGAUAGUUACAGUAUCGGAUGAAAUUAUUAAUGCAGUUCGAAAAGCAACGCAGCAAAAAUUAGCCCAACUUGACAAAAUAUUUGACAAAAAAAUGGAGACAGCAACGCAGCAGCGACAAGAAUCUGAUGAAAUGUUAAAGACUUUUGUUGGCAUCCAAGAAGAAGUGGAACACAAGCUUAGCACCAGUUCGUGCUGUCAGCUUUUGUCAAAGAAGAAAGAAAUCUCAGAGCAGAUCCAUUCCGCCAUGACAAAAGAAAAGAAUUUUAAACCUAAAGAAAAGGCAAACGGGAAGUUUGUUAGGAAUUCUUCCUUGGUCAGUUGUUCUCAAAAUAUUGGCUAUCUUUUCCCCAAGAGUAGUCCUAGAUACUCUGUAAAACAUGACCCCGUCAUUAUGGCUGGUCGGCCUUCUACUUUUACAGUCUCCUUUAGUCCUUUGUAUCCUCCAUAUGAUUCAUCUCCUCCCAUAAAAUGUACUUUGACCUCUUGCGAUACUAGAAAUGCCACUACCACUGUUUGUGACGUUGGAAAGGUACAAGGUUUCUCUCAUUCUUUUGAGGUGGUUCCUAUCGAUCGCGGGGAACAACUGCUAACUAUUACAACUGAUGACAUGUUGACAGCCCAAAAGCACGAUACUUUUAUUGCUCAUCCUUCCCCUCAUAUGAGAGGCAGACCUCUAAAAGAAAUAAAGAAUCUUAAGAAACCAAUUGGAAUAGCAAUUACGAAAAAUGGAGGCUUGAUUGUUGUUAACCAAGGCUCAAACAGCAUUGAGUUCAUUAAUGAUACUGGCAGAGUUUCAAGAGAUAUUAAAUUUACGGAUCCUCAUGGCAUUGCUCUUACUGAUGAUGAAGCUUAUUUCGUUGUUACUGAUAAGCAUUCUGUAAGGCUGAUAAAGAAGCAGAGUGGAAAUGUGAUUGCAAUUGCAGGUGGAGAAAAGAAAGGAUAUAAGCGUAAUCUGUUCAAUAAUCCGACUGGUGUUGCUAUAAACCCAAUGACCAAGCAGAUAUAUGUAGCAGACACUGAUAAUCACAGGAUUGUAGUCUUAAAUGAAAUGGCUCUAACAAGAGUCACUGAGUUUGGAAAGAAAGGCUCUUCCUCGGGUACUUUUGAUGAACCCAUGGGUAUGGAAUUCAACACAGAUAAAUUAUACAUAGUGAAUAAUGGCUCCAGUUGUAUUGAUGUCUACUCUGCCAUUGAUCAUAAUCCUCUUUUUAGAAUAGGAGCUUCUCCUAGCCCUCUUAGUUAUGAAGGUCUGAGUUGCCCUUCUUCCCUCACCAUUGAUGCUUUUGGCUACAUGUAUAUCACUGAAGUGACAGCACCUAUAUUUAGCUUCAAGAGUAAUGCAAUCAGUCGCAUAUCUAUCUACAAAACUGAUGGUCAGUUUGUGAGGAGCUUUGGUGGGAAAGGAAGAACUGAAGAAAGCUUUUACGAUCCAAGUGGGAUUGCCAUUGACCGCAGAGAUGGAACCCUUUAUGUGUGUGAUACUGAUAAUAAUAGAAUUGUACUUUUAUAAGCAUUGGUGUAUUAUACAGUCAGGAGCACUCGUUUUUAGUUAACUUAAUUUUUCAUUUUU